AGACCUUAAAGAUCGUUUUAAAACCCUUUCUCCAUACCAUUCAAGGGCUUUAUUACUCUCAAAGAGAGUGUUAGCCCCGAGGCGUUGACUCUGUGAGUGCACAUUUAUUUCGUUCAGGAAAAUGGCAAAGAAUGAUAAGAAGAACGCAUGGAAAGAGUUCUUCUGGAACCCGAGGACGGGCGAGUUCUGCGGUAGGACCGCGAGCAGUUGGGGUCUGAUCCUGUUGUUUUAUCUGGCAUUCUAUAUUUUCCUGGCUGCAUUAUUUGUCCUCACCAUGUACGUAAUGCUGCAGACACUUGAUGACCACAGACCAACAUACCAAGAUAGACUUUCAACUCCAGGGAUGAUGAUCAGACCUAAAGGAGAGCAGCUGGAGAUCAUUUACACAAUGGAGUACACAGAGACCUGGGAAAGAUAUGUCCAGGCCCUCAAUAACUUCAUGUCGCCCUACAAUGACUCAGUCCAAGCCCAGAAGAAUUAUGAGUGUAAACCGGAUCAGUACUUCAUCCAGGAGGACAGCGGCAGUUUGAAAAACUUCCCUAAGCGUUCCUGCCAGUUUAAACGCUCCAUAUUGGAGGAUUGCUCUGGGAUCACAGAUCGUUACUAUGGCUACAAUGAGGGCAAGCCCUGCAUCAUCAUUAAGCUCAACCGUGUGAUUGGUCUGUUGCCUACUAAGGACAGGCAGCCUCCUUACGUCACCUGUGGUGCUAAGAAAUACAAAGUUGGCAAUGAUGAGUGGGCGGAUGACUCCGAUAAACUUGGUGAACUGGCGUACUUUCCCCCUAAUGGCACCUUUAACCUGAUGUACUACCCAUACUACGGCAAGAAAGCCCAGGUGAACUACUCUCAGCCUUUAGUGGCCAUCAAGUUCCUCAACAUCACCAUGAAUGAGGACGUCAACGUGGAGUGCAGAAUCAACGCUAACAACAUUCCAGAGGGUAGUGAGCGAGACAAGUAUGCAGGACGCAUUUCCUUCAAACUGAGGAUCAACUCCUUAAAUUAAAUAGGCGAAAGUGUGUUCCUGUUUUUUUUUUUUUUUUACACACAGACACACACAGGCCAUCCUCAUCUAAAAGACUGCAUGAUUAUGUGCAGAAGGCACAACUAGAGAAAUUAGCCAGACACAGCAAUCCUCAGCACAGACAGAGCAUACUUCAACAUUUCAAAGAAAUGUUUAAAUAAUUUUUUUUGAGACUGUAGUGAGUUUUUUAGAGUUAGCAAGGUUGUUUUUGUGUGUAUUUAUGUGUGUACAUCAGUGUGUGUGUGUG